AUGAUGGGCUUCAAUAAACUUACCACAAUAUGCCUUUUGGCAUUGAACUUCCUGUCCCCCAUGGCCCUUGCGGCUCCAGCUCGGCGGCAGGCUCCGUCGGGCUGGUGGCUAGCCAACAUCGCACGGCAAGGCAGGCCUGCCUUUAACCCAGACCCCAACUACAAGAUCUUCCGCAAUGUCAAGGAUUACGGCGCCGUCGGCGACGGCGUGACCGACGACACGGCCGCCAUCAACGCAGCCAUCAGCGACGGCAACCGCUGCGGACAGGGCUGCUCCUCGCAGACCACGACCCCGGCGCUCGUGUACUUCCCUCCCGGCACAUACCUUGUCAGCAAGCCUAUCAUCUCCUACUACUACACGCAACUUGUUGGCGAUGCGAUCAGUCCCCCGACGCUCAAGGCGGCCGCCAACUUUGAGGGCAUGGCGGUCAUCGACGCUGACCCGUACGACGAGAAUGGUAACAACUGGUGGACCAACCAGAACAACUUCUUCCGGCAGGUUCGCAACUUCGUCAUUGACUUGACUGCGAUGCCGUUCGAGGUCGGCUCAGGUAUCCACUGGCAGGUGGCUCAGGCGACAAGUCUCCAGAACAUCGUUUUCAACAUGCGCACCGACGGCGGCGAUGACAACCGCCAGCAGGGCAUUUUCAUGGACAACGGCUCCGGUGGUCUGAUGGUCGAUCUUGUCUUCAACGGCGGUCGCUACGGCGCUUUCUUCGGCAACCAGCAGUUCACGACCCGCAACCUGACUUUCAACAACUGCAAGACUGCCAUCUUCAUGAACUGGAACUGGGCCUGGACCUUCCAGGAUGUCAAGAUCAACAACUGUGAGGUCGGUAUCGAUAUGUCGAACGGCGGCCCUGAUGGCCAGACUGUUGGUUCUGUUCUGCUUCUCGACAGCCACAUCACCAACACCGGCAUCGGCAUCAAGACCGCCUAUGACCCGGCUCAGCCCCACACCAACGGCACUCUGAUCCUGGAUAACGUAGAGAUGACCGGCACUCCCAUCGCUGUCCAGAACGACGCUACCGGCACUACGAUUGUCGACGGCAACCAAAAGAUCGCGUUCUUCGCUCAGGGUCGCACAUAUGGCGGGUCCAUCGGCGGCACAAGCGGCAAGGCCGUUCAGACGACUGAGCAAGCUAUCGUCAAGCCUAACGUCCUUCUCGACCCCGCGACGGGCAAGGUGUUCACUCGCAGCCGGCCGCAGUACGAGGAUGUUCCAGUCAGCAGCUUCGUCAGCGUCAAGGCCAACGGUGCCAAGGGCGACGGCGUGACCGACGAUACCGACGCGAUCCAGGCCAUCUUCGACAGCGUCACUCCCGAGCAGAUUGUGUACUUCGACCAUGGCGCCUACAUAAUCACUAAGACUGUCCGCGUCCCGCCUAACAUCCGCAUCACUGGUGAGGCUCUUCCUCUCAUCCUGGCUGGCGGCGAUAGCUUUUUCAAGGACCAGGCCAAUCCGAAGCCUGUUUUCCAGGUCGGUCAGCCGGGUGAGAGGGGCCGCGUUGAGAUGUCCGACCUUAUCUUCGGCACUGCUGGUCCUCAGCCUGGUGCGAUCAUGAUGGAGUGGAACGUUGCUGGCAUGGAGCCCGGUGCCGCUGGUCUCUGGGAUGUUCAUACUCGUAUCGGCGGCUACGCCGGAACCCAACUUGAGCUAGAGCAGUGCGCGAAGAACCCCAACAUCACGAACCCGAUCAAGCCCGAGUGUUUUGGCUCGUUCCUGAUGCUGCACGUCACUCCAGGCGGCAGCGCCUAUCUCGAGAACACCUGGUACUGGGUUGCUGACCACGCUCUUGAGCCCGAGGCUCGCGAUCAGCAGAUUGAUGUCUUCAACGGCCGCGGUGUGCUCAUCGAAGGUGAUGGUCCCGUCUGGGGUUGGGGCACCUCCUCCGAGCACUCAGUCCUGCACAACUAUCAGUUCAAUAAUGCACGGAACGUCUUCCUCGCCCUGAUCCAGACCGAGACGCCCUACUUCCAGGGCAACCCCGACGCGACUCAGCCGUUCACAGUCAACCCGAACUUUGCCGACCCCGACUUCGCUACUUCGUGCACCAACUCCCCCAACCCAGAGCAGUGCAAGCGGGCCUGGGGCGUGCGCGCCAUCAACUCGACCGACGUGUUUAUCUACGGCGCGGGGCUCUACUCUUUCUUCGAUAACUACGAUCAGGAGUGCCUCAAGACGCAGUCAUGCCAGACCAACAUGGUAUCGCUCGAGGGCAACAGCCAGGUGCACCUCUUUGGUCUGAGCACCAAGGCCUCGGUGAACAUGCUGACGGUUGAUGGCAACGCUGUUGCUCUGGAUGCGGAUAACAGGAAUAACUUCUGCGCGACGGUGGCGUGGUUCCAGUCGACUGCUUAG